CUCUCACCAGUUUGUAGUCAACAGACAACCUACAACCAGAUCACAAUGAGUGGACGAGGUAAAGGAGGUAAAGGACUCGGGAAAGGAGGCGCCAAGCGGCACCGUAAGGUCCUCCGUGACAACAUCCAGGGCAUCACUAAGCCCGCUAUCCGCCGUCUGGCUCGCCGCGGAGGAGUCAAGCGUAUCUCCGGUCUGAUCUACGAGGAGACCCGCGGUGUGCUCAAGGUGUUCCUGGAGAACGUCAUCCGGGAUGCCGUCACCUACACCGAGCACGCUAAGAGGAAGACUGUGACCGCGAUGGAUGUGGUGUACGCCCUGAAGAGGCAGGGCCGCACUCUGUACGGCUUCGGAGGUUAAAUCUACCGCUUAACGCAACUACAAACAACGGCUCUUUUAAGAGCCACCCACACUUCUGAAGACAUAGUUCCUGCAUGUGUGACGACAUGCAUGUUUUUACUACUCUAAAACAAACACAGAUCCACUUGCUUUUACAACUCUUAUUCGAUGCAUUUACUCUAAAACACUUUGUUUUAUAUUCCCAACAUUUCGCUCUUGAAAAGUCAUCAGUAAAUGCCAGCGUAGAUUUAAACCCUUCUUUUGCAGCAGGCUCAAUAGGGUCAGCUAAGUCUGUGUGCACUGGUCUAGUUCAAGAGCUGUUUUAGCUUCUGCUCUGGAUACAUUUUCCCUGUAGUGUCGGUUAGUUUUAUGAACCUUCUCUUUCAUUUUCAUAGCUGUCACAAUAGUUUCUAGUUUAACACCUCUUGAAAAUGACAGUGACCUCAUCUUAUGCCACAGGUGAAUGUCAUAACAACCUAAAGCUGCAUCAGCAUCAUUUGUCAAGGAAAUAAAGUUUAUCGAACACUCUGAUGUCAAAUCUGGAGCCAUCUACAGAUGAGUUGACCGUGUCCUUCUUUAAAGUUGACCGAGGCUCCUUGGACGUCGCAGCUUUAACAGAGAAGAUGCUCCGUGGAUACGUGGGGAUGUACAGCGUUCCUGUGGUCGAAAGCAUCGUCGAAGUGUUUGAACCUAUUCAGGUCAUUAAUUAUGUGAGAAGUUGCACCGGUGUCCACCAUUAGCCCUCUUCAUUCUUAAUCCGCUAAUCUGUCUGUCGCUCACCUUGGAAACCAACGAGUGAUCAUCCCCAUCAUUUGGCUGUUUUAAACGUUCUUUCUUCUUUUGCCGACAGUUACUGUCCUUGUGACUGGAACCUUUACAAAAACUGCACCAUUGUCAUUUAUAAUCUCUAAGACAUUGCCGCACUGUCCUUUCUGGCCUCAAUUGUAGCACGUAAACUCCGGAGUUUCUUUUUGUCUUUGCAUUGCUUUGUCCAUGAAGCCACUUGCUUUCAUCACAUUAUCUUCAUCCACAUUAGCAUUAAACUUCUCUGUGCUUUCA